UGUGUAUGUGUGCGUGUGUGUGCGUGUGCACGCGUGUGUGUGUCGGCUCAGGCUGGCUGCGGGCUCCGGGCUUUGGCCGCACUUGCUCGCUCGUCGUGCGCCGGGGGCUUUUGUGUCCCGACUUGGGUGCGCUGCCCCGCGCGCGGCGUUGCUCCCGGCCAGGGAUCCCCCUUUUCUCCUCUUCCUCUUCCCCCGCGAGGCGGCGGCGGCGGCGCAGCGCCCGGGGCCAGCAGCGAGCGAGCGAGCGACGACUGUAAAAGGGGCCCGGGGAGAGGGGUCCGUGUCGGCCGAGCCCGAAGAUGCCGGAGUUCCUGGAGGACCCCUCGGUCCUGACCAAAGACAAGUUGAAGAGCGAGUUGGUCGCCAACAACGUGACGCUCCCGGCCGGCGAGCAGCGCAAGGACGUCUACGUGCAGCUCUACCUGCAGCACCUCACGGCGCGCAACCGGCCGCCGCCGGCUUCGUCCUCGUCCUCGUCGUCGCUCGCCGCGGGCGCCAACAGCAAGGGGCCGCCCGACUUCUCCAGCGACGAGGAGCGCGAGCCCACCCCGGUGCUCGGCUCCGGGGCCUCCUCGGGCCGCGGCCGGGCCGCCGUCGGCAGGAAAGCCACAAAGAAAACUGAUAAGCCCAGACUAGAAGAUAAAGAUGACCUAGAUGUGACAGAGCUCUCUAAUGAAGAACUUCUGGAUCAGCUUGUGAGAUACGGGGUGAAUCCCGGUCCCAUUGUGGGGACAACCAGGAAGCUGUAUGAGAAGAAGCUGUUGAAACUGAGGGAACAGGGGACAGAAUCACGGUCAUCUACGCCUCUACCAACAGUCUCUUCUUCAGCAGAAAACACAAGACAGAACGGAAGUAACGACUCCGACAGAUACAGUGACAACGAUGACGGGAAGAAGAAAGAACACAAGAAAGUGAAGGCCACUAGGGAUUUUGUUCCUUUUUCUGAACUUGCAUCUGCUCCCUCUGGUGGAUUUUUUCAGGGUAUUUCUUUUCCUGAAAUCUCCACCCGCCCUCCUCUGGGCAGGACGGAAGCGCAGGCAGCUAAGAGAGUCCACACUUCUAAGGGAGACCCCCCCAGGGAGCCUCUCACUGACCCAGCCUUGCCUGGGAAGGGACAGGUGCAGAGGUUGGCCCCUGGGCGGAAUGUAUUCGUUCCUUCCGAGUCUAGCUAUGAUAGGUGUGUAGAGAAAAGUUUUUCAUCACCCGCUCAGCGUGAACUCGCUGCCAGGCUGGCCUCCGCUGCAGCUUCUCCCUCCCUGAUGAGAGAGACCACUACUACUUACUGUAAGGACGUAGUAGAAAGUGUCUGCCGUGGAGGGAAAGGCAGAGCUCGGCCCUCCGGUGCUGAGGGGCCUGGUGUGUCCGAUCAGUCCGUGAUCUGCAGUGAAACAGAGGUACUGCAGGAGUCAGAGAGGUCCCAGGUCAUCUCUCCACCUCUUGCUCGCGCCAUCAGAGACUACGUUAAUUCUCUGUUAGUCCAGGGUGGGGUCAGCAGCGUGCCUGGGAUCUCCGGUUCUGUACCCACACUGGAUAUAGAAAACAUAUGCCAGAGACUUAGCCAGUCUAAUCGGCAAGAGUCUGCUGAACCCCUGUCUCCUCCCCGCAAAGUCCCCAGACUCAGUGAGACGCCCGGGAAGGAAGGGGAGUCAGGUUCACGUGUGGCAUUUCAGAACACGCCUGCUUCUGAACAUGCGUCUUCUUUUGCCGAGAGUGUUGUCUCUCGUUCCCUUACAACCUUAGGGAUAGAAGUGUCUCAGCAAGCACAGCAUGGUAAAGGAGAUGCCCCCGAGCCAUCUUUUCCUCUCCACGAAUCGAUUGUAAGAGUGAUCGAAGAGGAGUGGGAGCAAGUUGACAGGCGGCUGCCUUCACUGGCACGCAAAUACCCAGUUUCUUCCAGCGAGGCAACACGGAUCUUGUCGGUUCCAGCGGUAGAUGACGAAAUCCUGGGGCUUGUCCCUGAAACCACCCCACGCGCCGCAGUUCAGGCGUCCUCCACUGAGUCUUGUGACAAACAUUUGGACUUAGCUCUCUGUAGAUCUUAUGAAGCUGCGGCAUCAGCAUUGCAGAUUGCAACCCACACUGCCUUUGUGGCUAAGUCUCUGCAAGCCGACCUAAGUCGGGCCGCACAGAUCAUUAGUUCAGAUCCCAGUCGUGCACACCAAGCCCUUGAGAUUCUCAGCAGAACCUAUGAUUCAGCUUCGUAUCUCUGUGACGCUGCCUUUGAUGAGGUGAGGGUGUCUGCCCACAUCAUGGGGUCUUCAACUAUGGGUCGGCGUCAUCUGUGGCUGAAGGACUCUAAGAUUGCCCCAGCUUCUAAGAAGAAACUGACAGUCGCCCCCUUUAAGGGUGGAACACUGUUCGGAGGGGAAGUACACAAAGUUAUUAAAAAGCGUGGAAAUAAACAGUAAUGUAGUUAAAAGCAAAGGGAUUUAUCCUUGAUUGUAGAAUUUAUGAACAUUUCUAGGAAAUCUAGCAACUUCUAUGCCAGAAUUUUCUUUUGAGGCCUUUUUAAUCUCCUAAUAGCACUAAUUUCAAGGUGUUAAGCUUCCACUCAUCAAUUAUAGUAUAAUGACACACAGAGAAGCCUAGUACAGUUUAAGUUUAGUUCACGUUUGUCUCACAUAAGUUUAUGGCUUCCUGAUUUUUUUUUGUUUUUUGUUUUUAAUUUUACAAUACUAUUCAGUUCUACAUAAUAGUCACAGGGCUUCCUGUUUUACAUAACACUUUUACACAAGUCUUAAAUUGUUUUCUUUCUGAUAAAAAAUUUUACAGCUCUUAGAUUUAAAAAGAACUCCAGCAACUAAAGUAUCAGUAGAAUCAUCAUUUUUUUUUUUUUUUUUUUUCCCGCCAUAGGGUUUCUCUGUAGAUCAGGCUGCCCUUGAACUCACGGAGCUCUGCCUGCCCCCACCUUAUGAGUGCUGGGGCGUGCACCCCACUACCCAGCGGCCUCCCUCUUUUUUAUCAGUGCCAUUCACAUACUUCUUUACGCCUUGAUCAGGGUUAAACACUGUUCAUCACUUAAAUCAUUGUCUUCUUUUCCUUCUCACGGGAAUUUACUUUGAAAAGUCUAGUGUGCAGGAAUGCCGAGUCUCAGCAGUGAAAUAGGCCCACAGCCCUUGUGGUUUCAGUCUGCUCUGCUUUCUGUUGCUCAUUUUCGUUACACACAUCUUUGGCUAGGAGGCCUUUUGUCCAUUCACGACAUUGCAAGACAUCCCCAGGCGACCUUUGCACUUACUCUUUUCGUCGCCCUGGGCUAAGUAGCCACACGUUCUUAAAUUUGUCCGCCUCCUUGUGCGUGCUUUUGUCCCCAGCAAGCAGACUUCAUGGUAAUUCUAGGUCAGCGUAACUCUAAGUGCCAGUCCCCACAUGUGCUGGUGCAGACACUCUGUGAGAAUAGAAGGGGGAGGGGCAGCGGCUCAGUGCUAAGCAGCACGUGCUUAGCAUGCACAUGGCCCUGAGUUCAGCUCACCACCGCCCAGAAGAGUUUCACGGAAGAAUUAAACCUAGAGAUGCUUUGUAAGACAAUGAGAAGAGGUACACUGCGUGCCUGUAUGUAUGUACGCACACCCUCACAUGUGUGCUCACUUUAGUGAAAAAAGCAAUGCACAGCUGCUAUAUGUUCUGAUAGAGGAGGCAGCCAAGUCAUGCGAGCAUGUAGACCACACUGAGGAACACAGCUGUGGAUAAGUAGAUGUUCUGAUACAGUUGGUGUUCGCCCAACAUGACCUUUGUUAGAUGAAUAAGACACUGGGAAGACAGGGCUUUUUUACUUACAUGUAUGUAAAGGUAUGUUGUAUGUCCUGAGUAGUUAAAUUUCAGAUCUGAAUGCUAAAAGCAAAUUUGAGUUAUUUUCUAAAAACCUUAAGCGAUUUUACUAUGCCCCAAUGUCUGUCUGUAUGAAGCGAUGUAUUGCCUUGUUUCCAUGUGUAUGGCUGUAAGGUAAGGUAGCUUGACUGUAGAGACACGGAACAUGGUCUUAAGCAUGACCAAAUACAGUCCAUUGAGUGUACAUGUCUACUGCCAUGUUCUUAGACUGCACAUUCCGUCUGCAGCUUUGUUACUUGUCUUCUAAUGUACAUGUACACAUGUACCUGUUAAGUGCUGUGUGGUUUCUUAAAGCAAUGUAUUCCUGUAGAAUGCUUCUGCAAAUUCAAUAAAGUUGUUAAAUUUGAA